UCAGAACCAGUCUCUGUUUUCAGAUCGCAGUUCUUUCAGCUGGAGACACAUUCAGACUUUUGUCAUUUUCUUUUAUUUCACUGCCAAAGAACAUCACCAUCCAUUCAAUUCUAACUGGUUACUGCAUGCAAUAGAGACAUUAUGAACUCAACUCCUGAAGGACACAGUGACCACUUCGAAUACGACUAUGAAACAAUUCUUAAUGAGUUUGCAAACAAUCACACUUCAGAAAUAAAUCCUGCACAUUGCAGGGAAACAGCUUGUGUAUUCUCGGUUAUUUUAACGGUGAUCAUUUUCCUGCUUGGCAUCAUUGGAAAUGGAGCGGUGAUCUGGAUUGCUGGUUUCAAGAUGAAGAAGACAGUUAACACCACCUGGUAUCUGAGUCUGGCUUUGUCUGAUUUUAUUUUCUGCAGCACCCUCCCUUUAACUAUUGUCAAAUUACUCAUAAACAACUGGCCUUUUGGACUCUUCAUGUGUAAGUUCACAUCUUUUGUGAUGUUUAUCAACAUGUACAGUAGCAUCUUCAUUCUUGUCAUCGUAAGUGUGGACCGCUGCUUGACUGUCAGGUUUCCCGUAUGGGCUCAGAAUAAUCGCUCUAUAGCCAAAGCCUCUGCUGUCGUUGUGUUGGCUUGGCUCAUGUCAGCUUUGUUUAGUAUACCACCAGCGAAAUUCAGACAUAUCGAGCAUUUCACAGAAACAUUAACAGUGUGUCAUAACAACUAUGAGGGACAUCACCAAACUGCUGUGUUCAUUCGAUUUACAUUCGGGUUUUUGAUUCCAUUCCUGAGUAUUUGCUUGAGCUACUCCAUCCUGAUCUGUAAACUUAACCAAAGAUGCAGAUCCAACAAGCCCUACAAGAUCAUGACACUUUUGAUCGUGACUUUUUUCCUCUGCUGGAUGCCAUUUCAUAUUGUUGCUAUAAUGGAGUUGGGCGUAUUAAAGCAUAACCCAGUCUUUCACUCGGCGCAACAUGUAACCACUACCAUUGCCUGUGCAAACAGCUGUCUAAACCCAUUCCUGUAUGCAUUCAUGGCCAAGGAUUUAAAGAAAUGCUAUUCAUUUUUAUCAAAGAUUGAGAGUGCCAUUGAUGAGAAUAUGGAAAUAUGAAA